CAGUACACUCAUAACAGCCUAAGCAAUACGAAACUUCUAUUAGAUCAAAUAAGCCUCACGUAUCAAAAUAGAAAUGCAUUUUUUUAUAUUGACUAAAUUCGACACUAAAUGUCUCCCAUACAAAAACUCUUCACUUGCUUAAUAAUUAAUUAUUUGCUGAACGUGGAGAGAUUUUGGGCGGAGUAAAACCUCGUUUUGCCUCUUCCUCUCGGAUUUGGCUCAAAUAAGAAGAGGCGUGAACGUCGGGUGGCUUUGCUGUUGAACAGGUCAUGUCGGUAAAGAUGGAAAUGGAUGUCAGUGGCGUGUCUAGGACACCCAUCUCUGUUCUACCUGCUGCUGCAGAGGUCAAAGCCAUGCUGAAACCCGAUACAGGGGACAGGCCCCGCUGUGCCAGUACCCCCUGCUCCCCCAUCAAAAGUACUGUUUCAGGCUUCCAGAUUCUCCACAUGGACUCCAACUACCUAGUCGGCUUCACCACCGGCGAGGAGCUGCUAAAACUAGCCCACAAGUGGUCUCCCAACCCAGAGAAGACCCUUAUCACCACACCGACCACCACACCGUCAACAGCAUCAGAGGCCUUGCCCAGUUCUGUCCCCAAACCCAUGGACCUGGGCAUCCACCGGGCGUCGCGCAUCUACAAAGCCAAAAACCGCUACUACCAGCCAUACGACAUCCCCGUGGUCAACGGGCGCCGGCGUAGGCGCAUGCCCAGCUCAGGUGACCCCUACCUCAGGCCCCUGUCCCAAGGGGAGGGUGGCCCAGGGAGGGCCCUGCACCACGGCCCCCUGCCCCUCUGCCUUCUCAAGGGAAAGAGGGCCCAGUCCAAGUCCCUGGACUACCUCAACCUGGACAAAAUGAGUGUCAAGGAGCCUCCGGCCGACACAGAGGUGCUGCAGUUCCAGCUCCAGCACCUGACGCUGCGGAGCGAGCGCAUGUUCACCAGGAACAAGACAUGAAGCAACACCAGAGUCACCACCCGCCUGUACUCUCAUCCACUCCCAUGGGAUUUGGGUGCUAUUUCCGGCUGUGCGUUUCUCUCCCUACUCAGAUCAUAGGAUAGUCCUUUAAGGGGACACUUGCGGAGACCACUAAAUCUUGUUAUUAUUAUGAAGCGAGGGUGACAAACUAAGCGGGUCUCUUGACGAAAUGAGACGCAUGCUUACGUAUACGUAAAAAUCCAGUGAACACAAAUUGUUAAGUUAGUACACUGAAAACGGGAGUCGUUUAGAUACAAAAAUGUGAAGUUCGUCAGGAUUAGCAAUAACUGGUAAACGUAUUUAUUGACUGUGUGUGUGUGUAUGUGUGUGCGCGCGCACCUUUUUAAAAAUGGUAAGGGAUGUGUAACCAAUGCCUCUCCAACUGGCCCCUUUUUUUCUGCAUUGGACUGCACUGUUAGACAUAUGUUUUUACAGACUGCAUCCUCAACUACAACACACCUUUACUUUUUAACCACUAUACAUCCAUAGCAAUUAGCAUUAGCCGCAACAGUACUGCACUCUACAUCCAUAGCAAUUAGCGUUAGCCCCAGCAGCACUGCACUCUACAUCCAUAGCAAUUAGCAUUAGCCGCAGCAGUACUGCACUCUACAUCCAUAGCAAUUAGCAUUAUCCCCAGCAGCACUGCACUCUACAUCCAUAGCAAUUAGCAUUAGCCCCAGCAGUACUGCACUAUACAUCCAUAGCAAUUAGCAUUAGCCUCAGCAGUACUGCACUUUACAUCCAUACCAAUUAGCAUACGUCCCAGCAGUACUGCGCUAUACGUCCCAGCAGUACUGCGCUAUACGUCCAUAGCAAUUAGCAUUAGCCAAAACAGUACUGCGCUAUACAUCCAUAGCAAUUAGCAUUAGCCCCAGCAGUACUGUAUGUAAGCUACUGUAUGUCUGUAUGUGUGUGGAUGUAUAGGGGCGGCAGGUAGCCUAGUGGUUAGAGUGUUAGACCAGUAACCGAAAGGUUGCUAGAUCAAAUCCCCGAGCUGACAAGGUAAUAAAAAGUCUGUCAUUCUGCCCCUGAACAAGACAGUUAACACAACUGUUCCUAGGCCAUCAUUGUAAAUAAGAAUUUGUUUCUUAACUGACUUGCCUAGUUAAAUAAAGUUUUUUUUAUUUUUAUGUGAAAGCUCACUCCGCUACACUACUAUUUUGCUCUUGCCAAGCACCAGAGAAAUGUGGGUUUAAUGUAAACCACUGACUGUUACACAAUCAAAAGGUUAUUUAAAACAGAAUCCUGUAAAGGGGCAAUCUGCAGUUACUGCAUCCAUUUUUGGACUUAUAAAUUGAUGAUACUCAUUCAUUCUUGAAGAAUAUAACUUUUAAAUGCCUCAUGAGCUUUAGUUCAACUGUCGUAGCCCAUCAGAACAUAAAAUAUAUGCUUGUUUUACUCCACUGUUUGUAAACAGUAAAUAUAAACAAACACUAUAUAUAUAUAUCCUCAAAACAUAGUUUUAACUAUCAUUUUCCUAUCAUUGGUGGUCAGUCCUUGCAUUCAUAUCUAUGAAUUUGAGUGUGGUUACAUUUCUGCAGCCCCAUCCCUCAGCUUUUUACCGAAACGGGGGCGGGGGAAAGGGGCGGGGGAAAUGCUUUGUUAUUGCUUCAACUGCUGAUUGCUGCUCUAAGAGGAUUUGUGGGGGAGAGGCUUACCGUCAGAGUGCCUGAGGUGAGAUUAGCUCCUUAUAUACAGAAUUAAUCCCCUCACUCCAUUUCUCCCAGUCAGACUGAAUCCUCAGCAGGGGUGAGGGGUUGAAUUAGGAGAUUCCAGAUUUUCUGCAUCUAGAUGUUGUGUCCAUCAUUCUGAAUCCCAGUCAUUCUUUUCAUUUCCUGAAUGGGAGGGAUGGGUGUUUUAGCCUGGGUAAAAGGUUAUCAAUUUAGUUUGAUGUUUUUGCCACCCCUUCAUAAAGGUGUGUAGAGCACCUGAAACACGUACCGUAGCUAUGGAAACCAAAGGAGGAUUAUUUUGGGGUGCCCUGGGAAAACUUGACCACAUUGUAAUAUGAUCUAUUUGGGGUUUCGUAGGACACGUGACAAUCAUUUUGAGGCGUAAUCUUGGAGAACACCUUACUUGAAGUAGCCCUGACCUAAUGCCCUCAUAACAAAAUCAUUUGCAUGAUAUAAAUUAUCUGAUAGUCUCUUACCAAUGACAAUUGACCUAUUAUAAGCCAUAUGACAUGCAAUGGUAACUAUACACUGGGUGAACGAAACAUUAAGGACACUUUACUAAUAUUGAGUUGUCAACACAUGACAGUAAAGUGCACCAUCUCAUGACUAUACAAUUCUGGUCUUUCUCAAUACUGUAAUUCACCAAGCGACCAAAAUUGUGACAUUUUUGGAAAGAUCACCUUCCUUUCCUCCAGACAUGCAAAACUACAGCUAGGCAGGGUAUUGGUCCAGACAUUUACACUGAGUGUACAACAUAUUAAGAACACCUUCCUAAUAUUGAGUUGCACCCCCUUUUGCCCUCAAAACAGCCUCAAUUCGUUGAGGGUGUGGACUCCAGGUGUCAAAAGCGUUCCACAGGGAUGCUGGCCCAUGUUGACUCCAAUGCUUCCCACAGUUGUGUCAAGUUGGCUGGAUGUCCUUGGGGUGGUGGACCGUUCUUGAUACACACGUGAAACUGUUAAGCGUGGAAAAACCCAGCAGCGUUGCAGUUCUUGACACAAACCGGUGCACCUGGCACCUAAUACCAUACCCCGUUCAAAGGCACUUAAAUCUUUUGUCUUGGCCAUUCACCCUCUGAAUGGCACACAUACACACACAGUCCAUUCCUCAAUUGUCUCAAGGCUUAAAAAUCCUUCUUUAACCUGUCCCCUCCCCUUCAUCUACACUGAUUGAAGUGGAUUUAACAAGUUACAUCAAUAAGGGAUCAUAGCUUUCACCUGGUCAGUCUAUGUCAUGAAAGACCAGGUGUUCAUAAUGUUUUGUACACUCAGUGCACAUGUAUAUGCCAUAUCAUGCGUUAUAUGGUUUGGUGUGACUUUCAAAUUCUACUAUUAUGGGUUUAAGCUCUUUUUCAUCAUGCUUCUCUUUUCCACUCUAACCUCUUUGUGUCAUAGGACAAGAAAAUAACCUCCAAAACCAUACAAGGAAAUAUUUUUUCAAAGUUAGGAACUGCACAUCCAUCUUCUCUGUGUGUUCUCCAUUGUGUUUGUGUCAGUGUAGUUUGAGUAAAAGGUUAUUGGACCCUUCUAGAUGGUUCAUGGGUUAGGGUUAGUCACCUGUCUGUCUUCACUCUAAAUGGGUUUACAGAAAUAGCUUAAUCUGUAUUUCCAUUAAAAAAAGGUGUUUAAUGUAACUAUAUUAUUAUUUAUUUUUUAUAUCAUUUUUUAUUUCUAGUUGUAAUUUAUCUUAAGUCAUGGAAGACAUUGCUAUUGGUUUAAUAUAAAAAUGGCAGUAUGUUGCAUAUAGGCUAUGUUUACCUGGAGUGGACACUUAAAGGCACCUUAACCUGACGUAUGAACGGUGAUGUGUACUUAUUUAAGGGUGCAGAUCACAACAGCAGCUAAAGAUAAAAACUCAUUCAUUUGAACAAACUGUCCCUGAAUAACGGUGAUAUGUUUUCACCAAACACUUGGAAAUGUUCUCUGGUGAAAUAUAUUCGUUGUUAUCAAUAACCGUCAACGAUUUGCUCACAGAUGUGACUGUGUUUGCAGUGAAUUUUUGGUGGCUUCUUAGUUGUGAUGUUUAGAAUGUGUUGAUUUAACAGUUUAACCUUAACAGUGUUCGUACCGCAUCAUAUUAAUAGUAUACAGUAGAAAUUAACAGUUUUACUUUGGCCAUCAUGAAGGAAAACGCUACUUGAACAACACAUGUUUUAAUAUGCCAUACAAUGCAAGAUAUUGUAAGACUGUGUCAGUUCUAAACAGGAAUAUCCAAUGCAUUAUGGGAAUUAAUAAUAGACUACAGUAAUUCUGGACUGAGAUGCCCGUUUAAUAGAGAAUCUCCAUUGAACAUGGUUUUUAGGCCAGGACUGUUCUUAAUCUGUGAUCUGGAAACCGGCCCUCGAUGUUCACAGUAAAGCAUUGUCUUCAUAAUUACAAUGUGGGUUGAAAUGUGAUAUUUUCCUGCAUGACCAUUAACCACAACAAUGGAACAAGGAAGUUGCAUCGCAGGUCAACAGUGCUUUUCAGUGACUCAUUUUGACUUCAUGUUCAUAGGCUUGUGUGGAACUUUGUCAUUUUAUUCCUACAAAAGGUUUAUUGUCAUUUUGACUUUCUGGUCAAAUCUUUCACGUCGCUUGUAUACUGUAGUUUUAGCUACCUAAAAGCAUUUGUUUUGUUUUCUACUGUGUCUAUUUAUGCCCUGCAAUGCGACUGACUUACGUUUUAUUAUCUUUCACUUGACAUUGUUAUUAAAACACUACUACGCUAGGA